AUGAAGUCCAAUCUAAAAUCGGAACCACCCCACUUAUUCCACUUGCUGAUAACCCUCUCCCUCUUCUUCUUCAUCUUCUUCUUCCCGUGUGAAUCCUACACAAACACCCUCUUCACCCAACAAUUCAAAGAAGCCCCUCAAUUCUACAACUCCCCAAAAUGCCCCUCCAUUUCCAACCAACACGAGCACCACGCCGCCGAACAUUCAAACGUAUGCUCCCAAGAAGCUGUUCACGUGGCAAUGACGCUGGACACGACAUACACCCGAGGUUCCAUGGCGGCGAUCCUCUCCGUCCUCCAACACUCCUUGUGCCCCCAAAACAUCUUCUUCCACUUCGUCUGCUCCUCCAACGCGUCCCUCCUACGCGCCACAGUCGCCACCUCAUUCCCCUACCUCAAUUUUCAAAUCUACCCCUUCCACGACGGCGUCGUUUCCGGCCUCAUCUCCACCUCAAUCCGCGCCGCACUCGAUUGCCCCCUCAACUACGCGCGCAGCUACUUGCCCGACUUAAUCCCACGCUGCGUGAAGCGCGUGGUGUACCUCGACUCCGACCUCGUACUAGUGGACGACAUCGCGAAACUCGCAACGACGCCGUUGGGAGCAGACAGUGUGCUGGCGGCGCCGGAAUACUGCAACGCGAACUUCACCUCCUACUUCACGCCCACGUUUUGGUCGAACCCUUCGCUGUCUCUGACAUUCGCGGAGCGGAGCGCGUGCUACUUCAACACGGGAGUGAUGGUGAUUGAUUUGGAGCGGUGGCGCGAGGGGGAGUACACGAGGAAGAUUGAGGAGUGGAUGGAGGUUCAGAAGAGGAUGAGAAUCUACGAACUGGGUUCGUUGCCGCCGUUUUUGCUUGUGUUUGCUGGGAACAUUGUUCCUGUGGAUCAUAGGUGGAACCAGCACGGUCUCGGAGGAGACAACUUCCGUGGUCUGUGUCGGGAUCUUCACCCUGGUCCUGUUAGUUUGUUACAUUGGAGUGGAAAGGGUAAACCCUGGGUCAGAUUGGACGCUAAUACACCUUGUCCUCUCGAUGCACUUUGGGCACCUUACGAUCUUUUACGCACCCCAUUUUCUCUAGAUUCUUAA